CUGAGCGUCACGCAAUCACGUUUGCUCAAAAGUUAAGAUUAAAAGUCUAAAAAAGGAUGCGAUUGUUUGCUGCCCGUAAAAGUGUUAUGUUCAAUCGAGAUGGUAUGUAAACAAAACCUGUCUAAUGGCAGAUAGCUCCAGUGGAUUGUUUUUUUUUUUAAAUGCCUACAAUGUUUUUGAAAAUACGAAAAUGAAGAAAAGCAGUGGCUCCGGUUUCGAUGCUCCCAAUCGCCUAGAGAAAGUCACAUAAGACAUUGUUGAGUGUAACUCCGUGUGCGAAAUAAGGACUGAGAUACAGAAAAUAAACAAAUGCAGAUUAUAGGCACAAAAAUGCUGGAGUAACUCGGCGGGUCAGGCAGCAUCUCUGGAGAAGAGAAAAGGAUGGGAGAGGGUUCGGAUCGCGACCCUUCUUCAGAUUGACACGUAGAGGGGGACAGUGAGAGAGGAGGGGCACUUCUUCAAAGUAGUCAUACCUUGAGGAGAUUUCGUAAUGGAGCAGGCAAAAUGUAGAAACAAAGAACGGCAGAUGCUGGUUUAUUCCAAAUAUAGACACAACGUUCUGCAGCGGGUCAGGCAGCAUCUCUGGAGAAUAAAAGGAGAGGUGAUGUUUCGGGUGGGGACACUUUUAUUUCACAAGCCACUUAAAAAAAAAAAUCUUUCACUGCCGAACGCGCUAUAUUUUGGGAACAGAUUCUUUAUUGUAUCUCUUUAUAGCGAGUUGCUACAGCUUUUUAUCAACAAUACUAGAGCGAGUUACUAUAGUUUGGUAUCUUUUACGUUUGUGAUUAUUCUUUUCUAUUUUAUGUUAUCUGUAAAUAUUUUAUUUCACGGUACACCUCUUAGUUAACGAAUUCCCUUAGUCAACGAUAAAAUGCAUCCUGUACAUUGCAACGAAAUUCUACUGUAUUUCAGAGACACAGGGAACUGUAAAUGCAGUUCUAUUCCAUAGACUUGGGACGCGCCUUAUUUAUUUGAAACAAGGUUAGCUGACAAAAAAAAAUCAAGGUGUUUCUAACCUAUAUAAGAAUUAAAAACAGCUGGAAUAAAAUCCUUUCUGUAAUUUUGCUUUUUUUAAAGCUGGGUUUUAUAAACAAGUUGUUGCUUUGAACGAUUUAUGUUGGAAUGGUGGUUUUACAGAUUAAUUUAAUAAGUGAGGGCAGAUAGGCACAAAAUGCGGGAGUAACUGAGCGGGACAGGCGGCAUCUCUGGAGAGAAGGAAUGGGUGACGUUUCUGGUCGAGACCCUUCUUCUGACUGACUUGACACACUUUCUAUUCUUCUCUCCGCUGCCUGUCCCACGGAGUUACUCCAGCACUUUGUGUCUAUUUUCGGUUUAAAUCCGCAUGUCAUUCUUUCCUACAUAAUAAAUGAGGGAGUUCUCAAAAUCAGUUUUAAACCCCAAGCCUCAACUCGCCGGGCUGGUCGGAUUGCUAGAUUUUAUUCCUUUCCACAUGCAUGCGUGACGCUUCCUCGAUUUGUGAAUGGUCGAACCGGACGUCGAUCAGGGAGGGAGAGAAAGGGUGAGAGGGGCGGUGUUUUGUCAAGAGUUUCAUUGAAGGUGGAGAGACGAGUGUGGUUCGCAGUGGAGAGGCGAGCGGCCGCUGAGAAGAGUCCCGGGGAAGUAGCCAGCGCCAAGGGCUGCCUUUUUCAACCCAGUUAACCAGCGGGAAUUAAAACACUGAGUCCCCAGCGCGAAUCCCGAGAGCAGACAGACGUGUUGCUGAAACGAAAAAAAAGAAAUCGAUUCUCUUUUGUGAAAUCAAAGGAUCACACAGUAUCUAAUAAACUGGCCACCGGGAAUCAAGGCUACUGUACACAAAACAUUGACAGAAAGGCCGGGGUAACAUCACUGAAACUGCCCGGCUCUGAUGAGUCAUCUUGGGUGAAGGAUUUAAUAGCGGAACAGCUUGAAGUCGCCUUCUCCAGAAACAUAACUCGUUUCCCUGCACCGUUACCGGCAUCAAUUGCACCUCCCGGUGAAUUAAAACAAACACACAGGACAAAUGUCGAGACCACCAGGAAGCCAGUUGUGAACAACCAACAACAAAUUGGACUGUCUCUCUACCAGUCAAAGCAGGUACUGCUCGGAUGUAGAGGCGAUGGGACUCGCCCGUUAAGAUUUCCCCGGGACUGGAGAGCUAACGCCGAGACAACUUUAGAGAGGAAGAAUAAACAGCAUGAACAGGUCGCCGUGAAUGCCGGCGAGGAUCGGGCCGGAGUGGAUGGAUUUUCUUGUUUGCGAAUGAUUGACCGCGGGCAGCUAAUAACUAACUAUUUGACCUCCCCGCGGUAGGUUUAAGAGAAUUGUCUGCUCACAAUGGCAUCGGAGGUGAUGUGUGGUCUGAUCUUCAGACUACUUCUUCCCGUCUGUUUAGUUGCUGCAUGUUUGUUCCGAUACAAUGGACUAUCAUUUGUCUACCUCAUCUUUCUCCUCCUUAUUCCACUCUUCUCGGAACCUACGAAGAAGACAAUGCAAGGUCAUACAGGCCGUUUACUGAAAACCUUGUGUUUCACAAGCCUCACCUUUCUGCUGCUUCAUGCCUUGUUUCACAUUACCAUUUACAGCCUUCAGGCAAACAGGAAAAUCAAGCCUGGCUUCAGUUGUUCAAAUUGGGAAAAGACCCUCAGGCAGAUAGGAUUUGAAAGUGUCAACGGGGCAGAUGCUGGGAACGUUAUUAGAAUCUUUGCUCCAGAUAUUGGAAUGUUUGUUGCUGGCUUGGCCACCUGGCUCCUCUGUAAAAGUCUAGUUCGACAACCAGCAACGGAAGACAUGGCCCAGUACAAUCCAGAGUUCCAGAAUGAAGAACUGGAAGAAGAAAAGCUUGAACUCGAUGAAGCAUUAAUUUGUGAGGAAGAUUUUGAGGUCACAAACAUGGCUGAAGAAAUGGAAGGGGGAACUCGGCAAAAUGUUCUUCGCAGGAUAGCAGCAUACGCAUCAUCAUUAAAAGAAUUUGUUGGCAAUAUUAUAACAACCACUGGAAAAGUAGUUGUCACCAUUUUACUUGGUUUAACAGGUAUAACGCUACCAUCUCUAACCUCAGGUGUAUACUUCUUUGUGUUUUUGGGGUUGUGUACAUGGUGGUCCUGCGGAAAACAGUUUGAUCCGCUGAUAUUCAGCUGCCUGUGUGUGUUAAUGGCUAUAUUCAGUGCAGGACACCUAAUUGGACUCUACCUUUACCAGUUGCAAUUCUUGCAGGAGCUCGUUCCACCGGAUGACUUUUAUGCAAGGUUGUUUGGUGUAUCGCCAGUGAUUCAAACAAACUGCACAACAACAUGGAAGAUUAUAGCCAACCCCAAGAUGUCUUGGCCCCAACAUGUUAAUCCUAUAAUGCUGUUAUUAUUGUACUACACCUUGGCAACACUUAUCCGUCUCUGGCUUCAAGAGCCUAUUGUAACGCCCUUACAGGAUGAGCAAGAGGAGGAAAAUAAUGAAAAUGAGGAAGAUGGGCAAAAGGAAGCACUUGAGUGUAAUUCUACAGUCACCGCUGAAGUGAGACGUAACUUGUGGUAUACAGCGCACUAUGCAACAGAUGAGAGAAGGCUCCUUACAAUUACCCAGGAUGACUCCAGCUUCUCUGAUGCCCUGCUAGCAACAGUAAAUGGAAAUCCCACUGAUUACCACGCCGUGCAAGGUGAGAAUGGUCCAGUCUCACUGGAGAUGUACUCCACCCCACAAUACAAAUGGGAGAUGGAAAAUGUAUCCCCUGACAAAAUGAAAGACGAAAGUGUUUCGGAAGAGCCGGUCAACAGCAGACUCAACAGCCUUAUCACCUUUUUCCGAUUCAUUAUGAAGCAGAGCUAUAUUUGUGCACUGAUUGCUAUGAUGGCUUGGAGUAUUACCUACCACAGCUGGCUAACCUUUGUGUUAUUGAUUUGGUCCUGUGUACUGUGGAUGAUGCGUGACCGGAGGAAAUAUGCAAUGCUUACAUCUCCAUUUAUGGUCUUCUAUGGAAAUGUCUUGUUAACCCUACAAUAUAUCUGGAGUCUUGACCUUACCAAAGAGGAACUUCCUGAGCCAUCGGGAGUAUUAAAAAAGAUGAAGACCCCGUGUGUCGAACUGGGUUCAAAGAUCCUGUGUACCUUGACAUUCUGGCUUUUGCUCCAUCAAUAUAUCACGGAGCGUCGCGAGGCCGAAAAGCAAAGGGGAUCUGCUUUAUCCCAGGUCAAAGUGGAGGAAAAAGAAGAUAGCCAGCAAGGAAAGGAGAUAAUGAAAGUAUUAGGAAACCUGGUGAUGGGAAUGUUUGUCAAAUAUUGGAUUUACAUCUGUGGCGGAAUGUUUUUCUUCGUCAGUUUUGAGGGCAAGAUUGUCAUGUACAAGAUCAUCUACAUGAUGCUGUUUCUGUUCUGCGUGGUUCUAUAUCAGGUACAUUAUGACUGGUGGCGGCGAAUCCUGAAGUAUUUUUGGAUUAUUGUUGUUUCCUACACAAUGCUGGUUUUGGUCCUGGUGUACACCUAUCAGUUUGAUUCAUUCCCGUAUCUGUGGCAAAACAUGACGGGAAUGGAUAUUGAAAAGCUGAAGGAUCUUGGACUAGAGAAGUUCACUGUAGCAGAUCUGUUCACCAGCAUUUUCAUCCCCACAUCGUUCUUGCUUGUGUGUAUCUUGCACCUUCAUUAUUUUCAUGAUCGCUUUCUGGAACUCACUGACCUAAAAGCAGUGACUAGCAAACAGGAGAGCACUAUCUACAGGCUGGUGAAUCAGGACGGGAGUCUCCCUGACAUCGGUAUGAUGAAUAUUAACACCAGUUCUCAGAAAGAGGAAAGAACAGAGGAUAAAAAGCCAGAGGGUGAAGAGGCAGAGGAGGAGGAGGAAGAUUCCAGAGAGGAAAAAACAAAUAAAUGGCACUUGGUAAUUGACCGGCUGACUGUGCUGUUCCUGAAAUUUAUGGAGACUUUCCACAAACUACAAAUAAUGGCGUGGUGGAUUUUGGAACUGCACAUCAUCAAAAUUGUGUCAUUUUACAUAAUUUGGAUUACAUUGAAAGAGGUUUCCCUUCUGAAUUACGUCUUCCUAAUCUCGUGGGCCUUUGCUUUGCCUUACGUGAAGUUACGUCCAUUGGCAUCGAGUGUCUGUACAGUCAUGACCUGCAUAAUCAUUGUGUGCAAAAUGUUCUAUCAAUUGUCAUCUGUUCAACCUGAAAACUACUCCUCUAACUGUACAAUUCCACAACUGAAUGAGACAAAUGUAGAGAACUUUGAGAGACUAAACAGCUCGGUACUCUACUCUAAACCUGUGGACCCCGCAAACUGGAUUGGCCUCAAGAAGGCUUCUCCCCUUCUAGUGUACCUUAAGAACAACCUGUUGAUUCUUGCCGUUCUAGCAUUUGAAGUGACCAUCUAUCGCCAUCAGGAGUAUUUUAGGCUCCGCAACAACCUGCCACCUCCGGUAACGAAAACCAUCUUUCAUAACAUCACAAGACAACAUCUGGAUUGCGGGAUGGUGAACUGUGCCAAAUAUUUCAUAAACUACUUCUACUACAAGUUUGGGUUGGAGAUAUGUUUUCUGAUGACAGUGAACGUGAUUGGUCAACGGAUGGAUCUGUAUGCGAUGCUUCAUGCCUUUUGGUUGUUUGCAUUACUCUACCGACGUCGCAGGAAAGCUAUCGCAGAGAUCUGGCCAAAGUAUUGCUGUUUCCUGGCAUGCAUUCUGACCUUCCAGUACCUGCUGUGCAUCGGCAUCCCUCCCGCUGCCUGCAAAGAGUAUCCAUGGAGAUUUGCAAGUGCCAACAUCAACUCAAACUUUAUUAAGUGGUUGUACUUUCCAGACUUCAUCAUACGGCCAAGUCCAACGUUUCUUAUGUAUGAUUUCCUGAUGUUGCUGUGUGCCUCGCUGCAAUGGCAGGUGUUUGAGGAUGAAAACAAAGCGGCAGUGAGGAUCGCUGCCGGUGACAACGUGGAGAUCUGCAGAGACCUGGAUGCAGCCACAUUCAGUCAACACAACCCAGUCCCGGACUUCAUUCACUGCAGGUCUUACCUGGACAUGAUAAAAGUCAUUGGAUUCAGUUACUUAUUUUGGUUCGUGCUUACAAUCAUCUUUAUCACGGGGACCACCCGCAUCAGCAUCUUCUGCAUGGGUUACCUGGUUGCCUGCUUCUAUUUCCUACUUUUUGGUGGAGACCUUUUAUUGAAACCUAUUAAAAUAAUCCUGCAGUUCUGGGAUUGUCUGAUUGCCUACAACGUGUUUGUGAUAACGAUGAAGAAUAUCCUGUCUAUCGGAGCAUGUGCCUACAUCAAUUCGUUAGUCUUGAGAGGUUGUUGGUUCGUCCAAACAUUUGGUCUUGUCUGUACUGUUAAGGGCUAUGAUGAGCCCCCUUCCGAGAUCCUUAAGGAAUGCCCGUUGCCGAGUGGGGAAGCAGGCAUUAUCUGGGACAGUAUAUGCUUCUCCUUUCUACUGCUGCAGCGGAGGGUUUUUAUGAGUUACUAUUUCCUGCACGUUGUAGCUGAUAUAAAAUCUGCUCAAAUCCUUGCAUCAAGAGGUGCAGAACUAUUUCAAGCAACGAUUGUGAAAGCUGUGAAGGCCAGGCUAGAAGAGGAAAAGAAAUCAAUGGAUCAACUCAAGAGACAAAUGGACCACAUCAAAACAAGACAACAAAAGUAUAAGAAAGGCAAAGAGAGAAUGCUGAGUCUGACCCAGUCAGUUGAUGCUCAGGGUAAUCAGGUGACGCAGGAAGAUGAUGAUGAUGAAGGAGAACCAGAGAAAGAGAAAGAGAAAGCCAAGGGCAAAAAAAAGCAGUGGUGGCGGCCCUGGGUUGACCAUGCUUCCAUGGUACGAAGUGGAGACUACUAUCUGUUUGAGACAGACAGUGAGGAAGAAAUUGAAGAAGAGGUCAAAGAAGAUGAAGAGCAGCCCCAAAAAUCAGGGUUCCAGAGAGCAGUUCGGAAAUUUGCUUCAGCCAUGAUAGCCUUGCCAAGGUCUAUCUUAAAACUGCCAAAAACCAUACUUCAGUUGGUAGUCAGAGGUGUCAAGUUCAUGUACCAGACUUGGAUGAAAGAUUCCAAAUCGACAUUAAAGGGGAAGAAGAAGAAAUGGGAAUUUGGUAAAAAAGAAAUGCGAGAUCACGUUACAAUUGAAUGUGAGGAGUCGGAAGAUUUACCCACACCAGAAGAAGUGCAAAAACAUUCUAAUGCACCAGACAAUGUUAUCAAGAGGGUAUUUAACCUGCUGAAGUUCACUUGGGUUCUCUUCCUGGCAUUGGUGGACAGUUUUACGAAGUGGCUGAACUCGAUCUCCAGGGAAUGCAUUGAUAUAUCCACUGUGCUGAGGAUAGAGAGGUGCAUGCUCACGAGAGAAGUGAAAAAGGGAAACAUUCCGUGCCGAGACAGUAUCCAGAAUUACUACAAGCACCAGAUGAAGUUGAACAUUUCCCGAGAGUCGGGCCUGGAUAGAAGCGAUGACAGUGCCAGAUGUACUGCCUUAAUCAUCCAUGAAGGGAACCGAGAACUCGAAGCUCAGAGAAUGAGCAGCACAGAUUCAGCAGCUUCCCACGACAGCAUGUCCAGCUGCUACACUGAAGCUACCAUGCUGUAUUCACGGCAGUCAACUCUAGAUGACAUAGAUGAUAUCCCUAAAACAAGUGAACGUGCUCGGCCUAGACUUCGUAAAAUGUACAGCCUUGAUAUGUCCUCUUCAUCGGUUGAAAGUGGCAGUAUAGUGUCAAGUGAGCCAACACAGUGCACCAUGUUGUAUUCACGUCAAGGGACAACGGAUACCAUUGAGGAGGUGGAGGAUGAGCAGGAUGAAGAGGCCACAGUGCCUGUGUACACAACAGAAACAAUGACUGAAGAGGUCCCACCUUCCUACAGCAAAGCUGUGAGCCUCGAGCAUUUGACCUUCAGCUCAGACUCGGCAGGUGAAAAGCAUCUAAUGGCUCUCACCCCAGACAGCAGACUGGACUUGCUUGAAGAUCCCAUCUUUCCAAACCUAAGCCACGAGCUAACUGCUAGUGAACUCCUUCUUAACAAGAUGUUUUACGAUGACGAGUUGGAAGAUUCAGAGAAAUUCUACACUGCACAGCCUCGUGCCUUCCUGCUGUUCUUUGCCCUGUAUAAUACGUUGGUGGCCCGCUCUGAAAUGCUCUGCUUCUUUGUCAUCAUACUCAAUCACAUAGUGUCAGCCUCAAUGAUUACCCUGGUACUUCCCAUCCUAAUCUUCCUAUGGGCGAUGCUGUCUGUUCCCAGGCCAAGCAAGCGUUUCUGGAUGACGGCCAUUGUUUACACAGAGGUAACGAUUGUGAUCAAGUACUUUUUCCAGUUCGGAUUUUUUCCGUGGAAUACAAAUUUAAUUGUAAACAUAGACAAACCUGACUUUGUCCCAAACAUAAUCGGAAUCGAGAAGAAGGAGGGUUAUGUUCACUAUGACCUCAUACAACUGCUGGCACUGUUCUUCCACCGCUCCAUCUUAAAGUGCCAUGGUCUGUGGGAUGAGGACGAGAAGGGUGACAAUGCUUCUGGUAAAGAUGACAGUGAAGAUGAUCAGAAUGAGUCACAGAGGAAGAGCUCCCUUGGCUCUCUAAAAUCGAUUAAUUUGCAAGCGUCCAUAGAUUCCAUCCAUGUCCACUUUCCAGAACAGGCAACAGCGCGAAGACCAAGUUCAACUGGUUCGCAGAUCUCAAAUCGAUCAUCUUAUCGGUCACAAAGAGGAAGCAUAAGCACUCGAAACAGCAGCAGCCGGAAAGGAAGUGGGUCACUUAGCGUUCAACCAAAGAAUAAGAAGGAACUGUUGCUGGAAAAGUUAAACGAGCAAAUGAUUAAGGCAAAAGCCAUUAUCAUUGCCAAAACACUUCAAAUCUAUUUCCCAAUCAGACAUUUCUUCUACAAUAUCAUCCACCCAGAUUACAGUGCGGUGACAGAUGUCUAUGUCUUAAUGUUCAUGGCAGAUGUGGUGGACUUCAUUGUUAUUAUCUUUGGUUUUGGCGCAUUUGGGAAACAUUCAGCAGCUGCCGACAUAACAUCUUCUCUGUCAGAGGACCAAGUACCAGAGGCGUUUUUGGUGAUGCUGAUAAUUCAGUUUGGAACAAUGGUGGUAGAUCGAGCACUCUACCUCCGAAAGACAGUCUUAGGAAAAGUUAUCUUCCAAGUCAUCCUCGUUUUUGGAAUUCACUUCUGGAUGUUCUGUAUCUUACCAAGAGUGACAGAGCGAAAAUUUAACCAAAACACAGUUGCGCAGGUUUGGUACUUUGUUAAAUGUGUUUACUUUGGAUUGUCAGCAUAUCAGAUACGUUGUGGCUACCCAACACGUGUGCUUGGCAACUUUCUGACCAAGAGCUACAACUAUAUCAACUUGUUCCUCUUUCAAGGAUUCCGACUGGUUCCCUUCCUCACUGAGUUGAGAGCAGUCAUGGACUGGGUCUGGACCGACACAACCCUUAGCCUCUCAAGUUGGAUCUGUAUAGAGGACAUUUAUGCCCAUAUUUUUAUUCUGAAGUGUUGGCGUGAAUCUGAAAAGAGAUAUCCUCAGCCACGAGGGCAGAAGAAGAAGAAGGUUGUAAAAUACGGCAUGGGUGGUCUGAUCGUCUUCUUGUUAAUAUGCAUUGUGUGGUUCCCCCUCCUCUUCAUGUCCUUGAUUAAGUCUGUCGCUGGCGUGACAAACAGACCUUUGGAUGUGUCUGUCACAAUUACCAUUGGAGGUUACCAGCCCAUCUUUACAAUGAGUGCCCAACAGAACCAGCUGCAAGAUUAUAAUAGAACGGAGUACAACAGAUUAUUAAAGAGGUUCAUCGACAAGUCUGGUGCUAUGCAGUUCCUGGAAGCCUACACAGAAGAAGACAUUCUGGUUGCAAAACUUGAAGGAAAUUCAAAUUCACUUUGGACUAUUAGUCCACCGAGUCGAACUAAAAUGAUAGAAGAGUUGCAUGAUAACUCGUCAUCAGUCUCCAUUGUCGUUGCUUGGUCCAUUCAAAGGAAUAUCACUCUUGGGGGAAAAUCAGAAAUUGCUUCUAAUAAAUUAUCAUUUCCCGUUCCACCAAAAAACAAAAACGAGCUUGCUGCAUUGAUGGAAGGGAAAACUGACAAACAUGUAGAAAUAUUAAAGCUAUUUCCAAACUACAUCAGGGCUCCUAGCAAUUCUGAUACAAAACCAGUGAAACAGCUUUAUGAACAUGGUGAUAAAUACUGUGAUCUUCUUGUAAGAUUGGUUAAAAAAAAAGACAACAUUACAGGACACAUUCAGGAAUGGUGGACUAUUAAUCAGACCCUAAAGUUUCACAGAAAAGAUCAAAAAGAAAGUUUGGAAAUUAUUGUAUUCAGUGAUAAAGUUAGUCCUCCAAGUCUUGGCUUCCUUGCUGGAUAUGGCAUUAUGGGUCUCUAUGCGUCCGUUGUGCUGGUCAUUGGAAAGUUUGUCCGUGAAUUCUUCAGUGGGAUAUCUCACUCCAUCAUGUUUGAAGAACUGCCCAAUGUGGACCGAAUCUUGAAACUGUGCACGGACAUCUUCCUGGUUCGAGAGACUGGAGAGCUCGAGUUGGAGGAGGAUCUGUACUGUAAGCUCAUCUUCUUGUAUAGAUCACCAGAAACUAUGAUCAAAUGGACACGUGAAAAGACAAAGUGACCAUUUUGGAUGACCUGGAUUCAAAGUUCUAAUUUUGGAGAUUAACAAAAAACGAAAGCACAAUAUCACAGAAAAGCGGAGCUGUUCAGUUAGGUGACGGGAGCUUUUCCUACUGGAGCCCAGGCAGUUGCACGUUCCUUAAGUCCUCUCUGCCUACAGUCUUCCUCUGCUGACAGUAUCAGACCGGUGUUUGCACCAGUAGUGGUUAAGGAAAUGAUUCCAUGUCGUAUCUGAAUCCAGUUUCUUUACACUUUCAGUCAGCCAAAAUCAGGGCUUCCAAAACGCUAACCUUCCUUGCAGGUAUCACCUGCAUCAAUCCUUUAUGCAAUGAUUUUUGGUCGACAGAAUGUCCAUACCCCCCAAUUAUAGGGGAACAAGUCCUGGAGUGAUCAGUACAGGCUACAUGAAAGAAGGCGACACCAAUGAAUAAUAAUUCUAGUUGCAGUGAUAAAUGGAUUUAUUGACUAGCCUAAACGAAGGACAAUUCUAUUUUGAAUGACUUAUUUUAUUUGUACAGGCAAUAGAAAAGUAUCACCUUAUCAGUGAGCUUUCUCAGGAAGAGUUCUUUUAUUAAAAGCUUAUCUGUCUUCUGUAUCUUUGGCAUCUUAUAAAAACAAAGUGGGUGCACAUUAUUGCUUCAGCAAAUACUUCUAGAUAAAGGCUCCUGUGAUACUUACAAAAGCACUUGAAACCUGAGGUCAGCAAAAUAUUCAGAUUUUACUUGAGCCUUUGAAAAGCAAAUCCUUCGACAACUUCUUCUCUUUGAUUGAAUUGGAGCUAACAGAACUUUCUUCAUGAGCCUGUGGUUUUGUCUUUUUUUUUGAUCGGAAGAAUCCAACCAUAACUAUGUUUCAUUUCCAUCUCCCUUUCACCCAUUGCAAUUGUCAGGGGAGAGCCUGGGUGAUACGUCGCCAAGUGUGGUGAACAUCCACCUUCAGCCAAUUAUUGGAAUAUAUGCAACAAUGGGCCAGGGUAAUAAAUUGCUGAUUUUCUCGCUUUUCUUAUUGGGACCUAUGUGGCCUCUUUUACUGGAAGUUAUUCAACCGAUAUCAGGAACUUGCUUGGAGGGGUUGAUGGGCACAAUCAUGUACUUUAACUCUGGCACAGAAAAGCAGAUCUAGCGUGUGGCACAGCCAUUAUUGUAUGGCACGUAUUUUCGAAGGGAAAAACAAGAUAGAAUUAUGCUUUGUUAGCAUUAUAUACAAGUGCAAGGCCCAGCUGUGAUCUGACUGUUUCGGAUAGGUUUUGCUCUACUUGAAAUGUCUGUGCAUUUAAAUCUCCAUACUAUCAGCAAAACGACAGCAAUGACAACGAUAGGAUGAUUAGGCUCCUCAUAACAAUUGCUGUUUCUAUAAUCUGAACUGAACAGUAAAGAUGAUAGUAUUGGAAACUAUAUGUACAAUGUGAAAUAACUGGAGACAGUAUAAAAGGAUAUUGUGUAACUAUUGAUAUUGCGUAAUGUUCAGAAAAAUGGACUGCCUUAAUUCUGUAACAAAGCAGAUUUCUUUGGCUUAAAGUUUGACUUUUCUGCAUAUUUCCACAUGCACAUUGCUAUUGCUACAAUUUUCAAGGUAACUGUAGUCCCCAAAAGGGCAAAAAAAUAAGUUAUACAUGUAUCCUAAGAUUUAAUUUUAAUCUACAUAUCUAAAUGCAAAAAUGUUCAAGAUUAACAUGAUUGUUUUGGUUUAGGUAAUGAGGCAUUUCUAGGACUACAAUAUUGGGUAGAAUUAUAGCACAAAAGACUGGAAAUGAGAAAACCCUUUUUUAAAGUAUACACCUGAUUGCAGCAAGGUUUACUGCAACUGAAUAAUGGUGUAAUUUGUAAUGCUUCUCAGAGUAUCGCUGGCCCAUUAUCAAUGUGGCUGCUCCUUUUCAUGUCAGUUAUUGGUUUCUGACAACUACUACAUAUUUGUAUUGUUAAGGCAUUGUUAAUAAUGUAAAGCAGGGAUUGGAAUUUGGUUUCCUCUUUAGUUGUUUUCCUACAUAACGAUUGUCAGUAGCUCAUCAAAUAUUCCUGUAACUGGGUGGCACAGUCACAAGUAAGUCCAAUUGGUGAAGGUUGCAUGGUUGCGAUAAUUAUUUUUGCUUAAUGAUGCAAUUUAUUUUAUUUAAGUAAUGUUGGAGACCAGCUUGUAACUAAUUCGAUAACACACAUGUUUUACUGUUUGAUUAUGUUCACUUUGUGGAGAUCCAAAAAUAAGUUUAGAAUACUGGCCUAUGAUCUAGAAAUUAAUACAGGACUACUAUUUCAAAAAAUAAUUAUAAAGAGUCAUCAUGUUAAAAGCAAAAAGGAUUAAAUAACCCAACAAAAUCCAUUAGCCUUGCAAUAAUAGUUUUAGAAGCUGCUUUUUAUAAUUUGAAAAUAGAAAGCAGCACUCGUGAGUCAAUUCUUUCAUACCCAGCUGUUUUAAGGAUCUCAUCUUUUGAAGUAAUUCACAGCAGUUGCUCAAAAAAGUCAAAUGAAAAGAAAUGUUUUUCCCAUUCUGUAAGUAGUUUCCCUGUGUUUAUUGGAAUGAAUUGGAUAUUUUCAGCCUAAUAUCGACAGUCUAGAUCCAACCUACCACACCAAGUGCACGAAAAUGGAUACUUUUUAGUGAAACUGAACAACAGUGGUUGGUGCAAAUAAGUUUUGUAAUGACAAAGGUUAACAUUACCUUAUUCCAUAAUGGUAUGUUUCAAUAUUAGUGUGUUGAGAUGUAUUUAUAUUUCAAUUUUAUUCACAAACUUCUGGAAUACUGAAAUUAGUUUUAGAAAAUAUGCAAUAAGCUUUGCUUCUAGUUGGAUUGCUCAGAAAUUUCCUUUGAACUGGAUGCUGUCAACCAGAGCCAGACGAUUGUGACCCUGCUGUCUAAGGUUACCAGUGAAAAUGUGUCCCUGUUUUAUAUUUGUUUCUAAAACAUCUCACUAAAUGAUGGACGUUUUUAAUAAAAUUUCAUGAAAAUUGGGUUUUCUUUCACCAGUAGCUUUUGUAAAGUACGAAAAAGGGGAAAAGGGCUCUUGGAGCAGUUUAGUUUUGGUUUAAUUUAUUAUUAUUUCACGGUACCGAGACACAGUGAAAAGCUUUUGAUUGUGUCUCAUCCAGUCAUAGUAGGCAAUCAAGCUGUCUAGAGUGUACAUAUAAAGGGUGUAGCAAUUAGUGCAUGUAUAUUACAUUGAGUCUGAUUAAAGAUAGUUCAAAGGUCUCCAAUGAAAUAGAUGGGAGCCAGCACCACAAUUUAGCUGAUGAGAGGAUGGUUCAGUUGCUUGAUAACAGUUGGGAAGAAACUGUUCUUUAAUCUGGUGGGAUUGAUUUUCAAACUUCUGUACCUCUUGCCUGAUGGGAGAAGGAGUGGUCUUUAAUUAUGCUGAUGGCCGAAUGGUGGUGACAAAACUCACCAGGAGGGCGAGGUCAGAAAUUACAGUAAUAGUAGGAGUGGGCAUAUGUGCUCAAAAUCAUUUAAUUUUGAUAAAUGUAAAACAUUCAAAUUGUAUCCAAUUUUCGAGUUAAUGGGAGUCAACAAUAUUUGCCAUUUAGUGCACUUAUAUUGAUAGUCAGCUACCUUUCAUAAUAUUUUUCGUGGUCAUUUAAAAGUCAAAACAACAAGACAUCCUGCUCAACAAAGGGUGGCACAGUGGUAGAGUUGCUGCCUUACAGUUCCAGAGACCCGGGUUCGACCCUGACCACGCAUGCUGUCUGUACGUCCUCCCUGAAACCACGUGAGUUUUCUCCAAGAGCUCCAGUUUCCUCCAACUUCCAAACACAUACAGGUUUGUAGGUUAAUUGGCUUUGUUAAGAAUUGUAAAUUGUUCCGAGUGUGAAGUGUUCGGAUAGGUAGAUCCUUGGUUGGCGUGGACAUGGUGGCCGAAGGGCCUGUUUCCGCGUUGUAACUAAACUAAACUGCAAAAUUCUCAUUGAUCCACUUUAAACAAAGAGGUGUUGAUAAGAAUAUGUAAUUCAACGUCAAAUUAAUAUAUAGAAAGUAGAAUAAAGAAAAUAAAUGAACUUAAGAGAAAUAUGGAAAAGAAUCACAAAACAUUUUGUAACUUCCCAACAAUUGAAAUAAAGUGAUUAGUCUCCUCACUUGUAAAAAUACAUUUUGAAUGUUAUUGCAUGGUAAUAAUUAAAACUUACGGUGUUGCUAAAAUAAUUUAUUUAUCCUUAUAUAUACCAGCAAAUGCUGAGAGAUCUCAGCAUUGUUGAUGAGUAUGGAGGCAUAAAAUUUACACAAAAAUAGGCCCUUCAGCCCAUCACGUCCAGACUGAUUCCUUUGCCCAUCUACACAAAUUCCAUUUGCCCAUAGUGGGACCAUAUGCCUUGCCUGUUUAAAUGUCUGUCUAAAUACCUCUUAAACACGAUAAUUCCAUCUAAUGUCAUUGCCAACUCUGGCAGCCUGUUCUAGAUCGCAAUCAUUCUAUGCUUUAAAACAAAUUGCACCUCAGAUCUCUCUUAAAACUCAGGAUAAAUCUCCACAUACUUUGCCAUUGAUUGUACUUGAUUGCUAACUCCCUCGUGGAGGUGCCGCUGAAGUAAAAUGUACAAGUAGGGCGACACGCAUACAGCAACAUCAUCUUCACAUUUAACUGAACAUGUUGACACCAGAAAUCGUCCAAUUUAAUCAGCGCUUGACAUUAUAGAUUUUGUUAAUUCUUUAAUUCCCGGGAUGGUGGGACUGUCAUAUGCUGAGAGAAUGGAGCAGCUGGGCUUGUACACUCUGGAGUUUAGAAGGAUGAGAGGGAAUCUUAUUGAAACAUAUGUAGCAAUGUUACAAAAUUUUGAGAUUUAAAAAAUCAAGUCUGCAAUUUAUCCCAUCAGAUAAAGCAUAACAAUAAGUUUAAUUUGACACCUAAUUCACUUUCAUAUCUCAAGUAAUAAAAAAGUUAUGGCCAUUUUCAUACUCGGAAAUUAGCAUCUUGUUCCCUAUUGAUUUUCUAUGGACAUAACAAAAAACCUGUGAUCGAGGACAGUCAAAAGCCCAUAACCUUCUUAAAAAUUAAGAGAACUGAAUGAAAUUUUCAGUUAUCAUAGAUUGAAGCAUUCUGAAACAAAUAUAAAAUAAUCUUACUUGGAUGACCUGAAAUUAAAGCAUAUAAUUAGUUAGUUACCCAAUUGUAGCUAAUUUCAAACUUCAUUUACUAGAUCUAAACAUCUAUCCAUUUCUUAAUAAAUGAUUAACAUUUUUAAAUAGCCCAAGUGUCCAAAUAAUAUUCACAAAUAAUUCACAAUAAAACAUGAUUUUUAAAUCUCAUUUACAUCAAUUUAUAGGCCAAAUGGAAGGAAUUUAGUGUUCAUUUGCUGUAAAUUAAAGUCAAUUUAAAUCGGCUUUCUAGUGGGUUCCUGUGAACGCGCUGGUUUAGAACGUUCACAUUGCGCUGGAUUUGUGCCCUCAAGUGCCCAGAAAAAUACUGCGGGAUAUAAAGAGCCCAAAAUGAACUACUCGCUAUAGAAAACUUUAUAUACAGGGUUAUAUAAACAAGCCCCAUUUAAUGUAAAAAUAAGGUACAUACCUUUAAUUGUUUGCUUUAUA